UGAAAAUUGUAGAAUACUUAAGCAAAGUCUUUUAAGGCCGGCUCUGGACACUGUCAGAGAAGCUACCACUGCAACACAGGUUGUUGAUAUUUUAAAGAAUGUAUACGGGAUAGUAAUCGAUGGUAAAGAACUCUUAGUGCAGUUUUUUAUUAAUUACCAAAAGGAAAAAGAAACACCAUCACAAUAUUUACAGAGGUUGUACUUACAGGUGAUGCAGGUUGUAGAAAGGGGUGGAAUUGAAGUUAGAGAAGUCCCAGAGCAUCUUUUACGACAAUUUAUUCGUGGGAGUUUUGAUGAGGAGUUAAUAAAUAAACUUGAUUUAGAAAAAUUAACAGAUCCUCCUAGUUUUGCCGAGUUACUUUUAUUAGUGAGAAGAGAAGAAGCCAGACGAACGGAGAAGAGGUUACGUUUGGAAAAGAAGAAAGAAGCCAGAGUCCACUCCAUGACGGUUUCAAAGGAAUCUGAGGCAGCUAAUGUCAAGAUGAUGGAGGAGUUACAAGCCAGAGUGGCCAAGUUAGAGGCUAAAGGUCAAGUGUGUGCACCUUCCACAGCGUCGCGGCCUGAGGUAAAGACUAAGGUAGAGAGAAAGGAGCGGCGUGGUAAAAAGAGUAUUUUUUGUUUUAAAUGUGGGGAGGAUGGCCAUGUAGCAAAUGGAUGUGAGAAAACAGCGAAUGCAGAGUUAGUUCAGAAGAAACUCCUUCAGAAGACUUUAAACAGUGAAGGGACCCCAAGAUGAAAACCUGCCCUACUCGUGUUAUGUAGAAUUGGAGAUAGCUAUUCCAGUGGAUGGGACAGCAC